UUUCCAUAUUCUGAUCCUGUAAUUUCAUGGUGUACUAUUAAUUUCUUAUAUGCAGCCCGAAACUAAAUGCAUGAUGGAUUAUUAAAUCCACCAUGACUGCGGGUAGAAUUAAAAAAAUUCUCUAUGUGAUCCUGACAUAAUUUAUAAGUUAACAAAUAUUCCAAAUUAUAUAUAUUACUUAAGGGGAUACUAAUACUUACAGAUGAAACGAUAUGUCACUCUUUUUUUUAUAACGUCUUUUACUUUUAAAUAUAGCAAGUUGCUACCAUUAUAAAUAGUAACACGUCAAAUCAAUUUUAGGUUAUUUUUGGUAAAUAUUUGCGAAAUCAUAAGUAAAAGUUCCAAAUAGCGAUUUUUCCGGAUAGCGACUUGUCCAAAUUUUAAUUUCGAUUUUUUGCGAAAAAUAAUUAGUAUGCAAACAAAAUUUUAAAAAAUAUGCAAAAUCUAGCAAAUGGCUAGCAAUCGAAUAGCAUUUUUCAAAUUAUUGGAAAUGUUAGUACGACAGCUGACUUCAUACCGAUGAAGCAAAGAGAAUUCGACGUAGUUAGACGUGGUUCGACGCGCCCGCCGUACCCACUAAUAUCAAAGUUUAAAAAGAGAUAUAAAAAUGAGUUUUUGCGUUGUAUAUAAUUGCAAAAAUCGAAAACACAAGAACAAAAAAAAUAUUGAACAAUUAGAGAUGGAACGUGUUCUAAAUAGAAACAUUUCAUUUCAUUUGUUUCCUCAAGAUAUGGCAAUGCGCAAGAAAUGGCUCGAAGCCAUACAUUUACAAAAUUAUGAGCCAAAAAAAUCUGCUACAGUUUGUUCUGUUCAUUUUAAAGAAACGGAUUAUCAGUUUAAUCAUAAAUAUUGCAAAUUAAAAAAAGAUGCUGUUCCACAUGUAAAUACACAUUUACUUAAAACUGAAAUUCAACCUAAAUACACAAAUGUAGAUAAGCCUCGAGUUCAGACAAAUUUAGAUAAGCCUUUAAUUCAGAAAAAUUUACAUGAGCCUCCAAUUGAGAAAACUUCAAAUGUGCCUCCACUUCAGAUAGAUUCAGAUAAUCCGCCACCUCAGACAUAUUCAAAUUAUCCUCUUCUGCAGACAGUUUCAAGUAAUUUAGACCAUCAAAACAUUUCUAUUGAAGAAAAUAAAGCUGAUAAUACCAAUAAAAUGGUGCAUCGUUCGACUAGUAUAUCUCCUGAUAGAAUUAUGAAUUCACCAGUAAAAACUAGAAUUCGAAAAGUGUACAAAAAUGAAAUUAAACAUUUAAAAAGAAAACUAUCUAUAAGUCGGUAUAAGCAAAAAAGAACACAGAAAAAAUUAUGUGCAUUAAAGAAUAUAUUAAAGGAGCUGCAAAAACAGAAUCUACUAGCAGCAGAAGACAACGAUAUUUUACAACAUUUAAAAGCAGAAUCUUGAUUGUAACUUUGACAUAGAGUCAAAUAAUUUCCAAAGAUGGUUUAAACAUUCAAGUACGGACACCAAGGUCUCUGUCUUUUUGGAAGCAUGCCGUAUGCUAAAGUUGGUAAGAAAUACUCUUGGCAUUAUAAAAGAACUUUUAGAUAGUGCUGGAAGUAUAAUAAAAUGGGAAUAUUUUAAAAAGUUACAUUAAUUACAAAAAAAAGGUCUCCAUCUUGGUAACAAAUUAAGAACUAAACACAGAUUUUUAUAAAAACAAGAUGAAAGUCAAAUUAGCAAGUCAAUUAUCGAGCACAUCAGUUGCAAACAGCAUUGGAGUUUUGCAAAGACUUGUUACAGUUGCUACAAUUUAAAGAUUGUUCGGCAACUAUAAAAUGUAUUUCUAUUAUUAAUGAUUUAUUUAAUAUUUUUAAUUCAAAAAAUAUAAGUGAUGUCAAUGUGAUUUCAAAAAACCGAUAAGUGCUAAUAAUUAUUUAGAAAUUUUUAAAAAACUUAAAAAAUAUAGAGAGUAUAUUAAAACAUUAGAAUUUGUUAAAAACCAAAAAAAUAAAAAAUUUCAUUUAAAAACUAAAACUGAUUUUCUCGGAUUUUUGAUAAAUAUAAAAAGUUUGAAAAAUAUGUACAAAUUUAAUUGCGUUGAUAAUAAUUUUUUAGAAUAUAUUCAAGCGUAUAAAAUGAGCCAAGAUUUAGAGUUAUUAUUUAACAGUAUACGUUCUCACAGUGGCUAUAAUAAUUAUAACCCCAAUGUUAAACAAUUUAAAGCCACUUUUAAAAAAUUAAUAACACACAGAAAUACGAAACACAGCAAAUGAUAACUGUAUACCUCUAAAAAAUAUUCCAAUAUUAUGUAAACUGUCAAUAGAUAACUCUAUUAAUGUUAUAAAUGCGACGAUAAAUGAAAAUUUAUAUCCAAACUGGCUUAAUAUGUUUGACACAAAAUGUAUUAAUCACGAUUAGCGUAUGGGAUUUGCAAAAAUCUAAUUAAUUUCUAUCGUAAUUGUGAACAAUAAAUUAAUGAAAGCUUAUCGUA